GUUGAUGUUGGCUGCUACCAUUUAACGUUGUUUACGAUUAGUGACUACACUAUACAGUUAGAACGACAUGACAAUGAGGGUGGCUAUAAUCGGUGGGGGAUGCUGCGGACUUACGGCCAUCAAAGCCUGCACUGAGGCGGGACUCCAGCCGGUCUGCUUUGAGAGAACAGACGACAUUUGCGGUUUAUGGCGGUUUACGGAAGAUGUAAUCGAAGGGAAAGGGUCAGUGGCCAAGUCCACCAUCAUCAAAACCAGCAAAGAGAUGACGGCCUUCAGUGACUUCCCGCCACCCCCGGAAUUUCCGGUUUACAUGCACCAAGAGUACGUCUGCACGUACUUCCGGAUGUACGCAGACAAGUUUGAUCUAAAGAAAUACAUUCGAUUUAAGUCCGAAAUAGAACGCGUAUCCAAAAGUGAGGAUUUUGUGGAGACGGGGAGAUGGAAACUUAAGAUCAAGGAUACGACAACAGGGGUUUCUACCGAGGAGACAUUUGAUGCGGUGGUCGUAUGCACCGGUCAUCAUGCUUACAAGCAUUACGCGAAAUUUCCAGGAAUGGAAAAAUUUAAAGGAGAAAUCGUUCAUACGCACGACUACAAAUAUUCCGCUCCGUACAAAAACAAAAAGGCCAUAGUUGUGGGCGUUGGGAAUUCCGGAAUUGACGCAGCCGUCGAUCUAAGUCACGUGACAUCUCCCGUGUAUUUGAGUACAAGGCGUGGUGCGUGGGUCCAGCGGAAUAUCGGUCCUAAAGGUGUACCCGGGGACUUUGUCACAACGACCCGCUGGAACAGUUACCUGGAAUCUAUUCUACCCCAGUCAUGGACAGAUUCAGCCAACGAGCGAAGAGUAAACCAAACUUUUGACCAUACCUUGUAUUCGGUAAAACCAAAACACAGGAUCUCCGGUCAGCAUCCCUCACUGAAUGACGACUUGCCCCUCCGCCUGGCCUCGGGCUCCGUCAAGAUGAAGCCCAACAUCAAGCGCUUUACAGAAUCACACGUGGAAUUUGAAGACGGCAGCAUUGUCACCAAUGUUGACGUAGUGGUUCUAGCAACAGGCUAUGAUUAUGGGUAUCCAUUUAUUGACAAAGAUGUAGUGGACGUUCAAGAGAAUGUUUUGGAUUUUUAUUUGUACGAGUUUCUGCCGGACUUGGAGAAGCAGACGAUGGCGUUCAUUGGUUGCAUCCAACCUACCGGCGCCAUCAUGCCUAUUGCAGAGUUGCAGUGUAGAUAUGCUAUGCAAGUCUUCAAGGGCGACAAGACAUUGCCUUCCCCGGCCGCGAUGUGGGCGGACAUUGAGAGACGGAGGAGUGUCAUGAGGGGCAGGUACGUCAACACCCAGCGGCACACCAUACAGGUGGACUACAUCACGUUCCUGGACGAGAUGGCCUCCAAAGUGGGAUGCAAGCCAAACAUACUCAGGUACCUGGUGACUAAUCCUGUGUUUGCGAUGAAGCUAAUCUUUGGACCAUGCACCGCCUAUCAAUACAGACUGAGGGGACCGAAUUCCUGGGAGGGGGCAAAGAAAGCCAUAGAAAACCAGUGGGAACGUACGGAGAAAGCCACCAUGGUCAAAGAUCCCCCCGCGGUCGAGAGACAGGGGUGGGGAAUGCCUGGUCUGUACACCAUGGCCGGGGUCAUUCUGCUGGCGGUUCUCAUCCGGGUGUUUUACCGGUAGAAGAUUCCCCAAGGACUCAAAGAUUGUGCCUCGACUACAUGUUGAAUUCAAGGCUUAAUUAUUAUUAAACAGCAAAGACUGAUAUGAUAA